CACUCUUUCAUAUGCCAAUUAUCAACCAAAUUAAGUUAUUGCGGUUUCAGCUGUUCCGUCUGUACCGCGUGCCUUAGCGUCUAAAUGAAGAAAAAUCCUAUAUAUAAUAUAUAUAUAUAUAUACAUCCCUUACAUACCAAAACUUAUAUAGACACACCCUAUAUAUAGAUAUACCCAGUUAUUCAUAUGCAUCAAGUUCAUAUCUAUAUGUGCCCUUAUUUUUGGAUAAACCAUCAUCUAUAAUGAGCAACCUACCCAGAUCAUUAACAGAUUCUUCCUUCACCCUCUUCAAACUAGCCAUAUCGGCUUCAUAUCCUUGGCUUUUUUCUCUUUUCUCUUAAUAAUUCACCUUUUAGGUUUAGAAAUCUAGCUAGGUGGGUAUAUAGUUUUUUCUUUUCUUUUUUAAAAAAAAAUAAAGAGAUUUUGGGUUGUUCUUGAGAGGAUGAUGAGUAGUAGGAGGGAGUCUCAUCUUCCGAAUUUUCAUCGUCAUCAUCCUAAUGAUAAUAAUAAUCAUGAUCAUCAUCAAGAUAUCCCAAAAGGGUGUGUGGCGAUCAUGGUGGGUCAAGGAGAGGAGCAGCAGAGGAUCAUCAUCCCUGUGGGCUAUAUCAAUCAUCCACUCUUCAUGCAGUUGUUGAAGGAAGCUGAGGAAGAGUAUGGGUUUGAUCAGAAAGGCACCAUCAACAUUCCUUGCCAUCUCGAGGAGUUUCGCUACGUCCAAGGUUUGAUUGACAAGGAAAAUCAUCACCACCACCACAACCACCACCUUCUUCAGCACCACAAUUCUUGGUGCUUCAGGCACUGAAAGAUUUCAUGUGGUUGAUUAAUUACUUACUUUCUUUUUCUUUUUCUUUUUUUUUUUUUAAUUUUUAUUUUUAGACGUUGUUUCUUUUUUUUCUUUUUGUUUUUUUGGUUGCUAAUGUACAUAGAUUGUAAUAUAUAGAAGAUGACGAGGAUGAGAAAUUAUUGAAAGAUAAGGAGAAAAAACUAUUGUUGGUGUUUUUGAUUGGAAAAUAUUGCAGCAGUACCAUAUGUAUCUGUUACUUUAUUUGGGUUGUUGCCUCCUUUUGUAAUUUGUAAAUAUGUUAUUUAUUUAUGUGAAUUAACGAAUGGAAUUGGUUGGUAA